GGAGCACGGAUAAUCGAGCGUCGGCCGUAAUUGUGUAUGUAGUUCGCCAUUUUCGUUUCGGAACGAGAGCAAAAAAAAGCCUACCCCGUUCGGGAAAAACGGGAUUCACGGCUUCUACGAACAAACGGUGAAAAUUGAUCGUGAACGUGCGUAAAUCAGUGAGCUUACGGUGAUCGUGAGUGGCCGUGCACGGUCGGUGCAGUGCAGUUUUUUCUGUUCCGUUUCGUUUUCCGUCGAUUUGCGUGUUUUUUCGCGUAGUGGUGCAGCAGCAGCACAGUAUCAUUCAUCAUCAUCAUCAUCAUCGCCACCACCAUCAUCGUCAUCGUCGUCGUCGCAGCAGCAGCAGCAGCAAAAGAAACAACGGCAUCGACACUUAUUAUCGGUACACCCGUGACGACGUUUUCCCCCGGUGUUGUUUGUGGAAACGGGAAAAAGCGAUCCUGGUGCGGCGAUGUGAAAAGAUGCUAUUUUCCUGUCUCCGUAGCCGUGGUGUGGCAGCAGUCACGCAGGAACUGGACCACUUACUCGGCAUUUCCCUGAGCAUCGAUACGCAUCGCAACGAAACUCGUGGUUAAUUCUUACCGGCCAUCGUGCUGUUGAACAUAUUCUGUGAACACCGAUCUACAGCUUGGAACACCGAUCUACAACCAGGGAAAUCAGUCUGCCUGCAAACUUCUAUUACGUUUCGCCGCACACCUAUCGUCACCAGCAACAACAGUAGCAAUGAGUGAUCGAGAUGUUCCAAGCGUUCCAAUAACCACACUCGCUGGUCUUACCAGUCUUUCCGACUUGCUGAGCGAACUUCCCAUCUCCGAUUCACUGUCCGUGUCCGGUUCGCUAAACCGUUCGCUUCUGUUCCAUCCGCGUGUGGCCGAGGAAGCGAACAAUCUGCUCGCCACACGGGAUGACGCACUAACCGCACAGCUCGUGACGGCAAUCGAACAAACCAAUUCGGACAGCAUCGAGCUGAAGGAUCAGUACCCGCAACCGGCUGCUCCGGCCAAUGGCGGUGCACCGAUCGAUGGACCGUCGCUGUUACAGGCGAUUCAUGCCAGCCGGCCGAACGUUUUCAAGAGCCCCUACAAUCCACAAAUCCACCAAAUGUUCAGCAGUGCUGUUGCGCAAGGGGUAGGAAAUCAGCAGUUGGUGGCGCAGCAGCAGAAGAUAACUCCAACAUCACAGACACAGUUUUACAACCUUCCCAACGAAAGUUACACAAAUCUGGUGCAAUUACCCCAAACGUAUACGAAUCAGCAGCCAGUACCAAUCGAACAGUUGCAAUCGGUGUUUCAAAGUCAACAUGACAUCCAGCAGCUGCAGCAGCAACUUCACCAUGCACAGCAGACUGUCCCUAAUCUACAGCAACAACAGCAGCAGCUACAGGAAACUCAGCUUCUACAGCAACAGUUUCAAUUUGCCGACCCAAACCAAAUCAUCCCUACGCCGCAAGCCACCAUCAUUCGCGGUCAGCAGCAAAAUUCCUUUCCCAUCCUUCCCACCCAAACGCCAACCACCGUAAUGGUCGGUCAGCAACCGGUCGGUGGUGGUGGUGGCUCACAGCUACAGCAACAGGUGAUUAAUAUACAAAACGUUACGUACUCGUCCAAUUCUGCAGAAAACAGCCAACUGCAGCAACAGCAGCAACUCUUCCAACAGCAGCAGCAGCAGCAGCAACAACACAAUCAAAAUGUGAUCGUUUCCCAUGCAUCCAACAUCGGGCAGGAUCAAACGUUGCAGGCACUGGAUCCGCAUCAAAGUGUGAUCCAGCAGUCCUCCACAGCAGCAGCAUCCUACACAACGGUCGGUAGUAAUCAGGCGGCGACCAUGUUGCAACAAAAUAACUUAAUCCCACAACAGCAACAGCACCUAAAUGUGAUAAAUCAAACGAAUAAUAAUAUACACAGUGCCUCAACCCAACAACAGCAGCACCAAUACCCGCAACAGUCGCCGCAGCAGCAACAUCUGCCAAACCACAACACUCUAUUACCGCAAUCUCAACAGCAGCAGCAGCAGCACCAGCAAUCUCAUCUCAACAAUGGCACCCCAGCCGUGGUUGCCCCGUCCGGCGGAAUGAAUCAUCAGCAAACACUGUACCAGCAGCAGCAGCAGCAGCAGCAAACGCAGCAGCAGCAGCAGCAACAAUUCACCAACGCAAAGCUUCCCGAAACGGCACCCCGGAACAACGAAUAUUUGCAGCAACAGCAGCAGAGCAAAAAUCUCGACGCCCGGGGUAGACCGUCCCCAGCCCAAGGCAGCACGGCGCCGGACACGGUCAACGCAACCGGCACAUCGCUAAACAUCGCGCAACAGCAUCACGCGACGAAGGGUCCCCAGCAGGCGCAAACCACCGCGCACCGGUACCCGACGCCACUGCUGGGGCCAAACAAACCCAGACCACCGGGAGCUGGCGGUGGGCAACCGAAUGCGAAUGCUACUACCACCCCACCUGCCAUACGUCCGAUCGGUGUAAGCGGUGCGCUGAUGGGCAAUGCGUCCACUGCCACGCUAAAUCGUCCCGCUGCUUCGUCUCAGUCGAGCAGCAGCAGCAGCAGCAGUAGCAGCAGUACCGCGGCAGCGCCAGCACCGACCAAACCAGCUCCAGCAGCCGGCAUCAACAAACCUCCGCCAAUCGACUCAAAGCAUCUCUUCCGACUAAUACCGCUCAGCGAGGUGGACACACUGAAGCUGCCGAAGGUGAUCGUCGGCUCGGAACGGUUAACGGAAAAGCACACCAAGAUGCUGGUCGCCGCCGAGGGGCUCAAAAAAUUUGUGGCCGAAGAACCGAAAAUGGCGGCCCGCAUGGGGCUGGAGAAAAAGUCUUUCGAUCAGAUUUUCAGCAAAAUGAAGGAGGAAGAAUCGGCCGCCGUACGCAUCGGGCCACCGUCGAAACGGAAAGCAGCGCAGGAAAAGGUUGAGGAAAAUCCGGAAGAUUACCUGAGCAAACCGAAGCUGCGGCGAGUGGAGCGGCCGGCCGCCGCACCGGUGGUGAAAAAGCUUAGCAAGGAAGAGCUGAUGGCCACCAACACGUACCAACGGUUCGUGUCGUUGAUGAGCAAAAUUUUCGACCAGCUCGAUGAAACGGAAACGCCCACGAUGGAGGAAGGCGACGAGCAGUACGAAUGCAUACCGACGGGGUUGUUGAAUAGUAUUAGUGCGGAGGCGGCCAAGCUGAAGGUACGCAACGCGAUCGAUGCAAUACCGGAGAACAAGCUGACGCUGCUCAUCACGUACGCAAUGCGCUCGAUCCAUUCGGCGAAGAACUUGAGCGGCUCCGAGCUGCAGGACGAUCUGGUGGGGGAUGAGUGCAUCGAGAAGAUACUGAACGCGGUCGAGGCGGCACUGCUCGUCUGCUGUCUGUACACGAGCAAAAACACAAAGUUCCUGCAGGAGGACAACAUCGACGCGAUCAUCAAGUUCGUCCAGUUUCAGCUGCGGGAAACGAUUUUCCCCUCGUACGAUCCGGUGUACUCGGUGGAAACGAAGCGGAAAGCCGGCGAGGGCAACAAGAAGAAGAAGGCGGUCAGCUACCAGCAGAAGGGCAUCACGAUGCUGUACACGAAAACGGUCGAGCUGUCGAAGCAGCUCGUAACGAUGUUCGAAUCGUUCCACUUUGUCGACACGAUCGUCAUCCACGCGUCCUCGCUCGGGGUGGAACCGUUCUUCGUGGACAACAUCGAAACGCUCCAGUUCGUGUGUCUCGAUCUGGUGACGACAAUCUUUCAGAACGAAAAGUACGCACACCAUCGACGAAACAUCGUGUCGGACAUACUGACGUCGUUCGAUCGGUUGCCCCACUCGAAGCGGAAUCUGCGACCGUACAAGCUGGUCAACAAUGGGGGCAACAUACAGAUGAUGACGGCGCUGGUGUUGCAGCUGAUUCAGUCCUCCGUCAUCCUGCCCGACACGCUCACAACGGACACGGCGGGCGGCGGUGGUGGUGGGAAAAGCACGGACCUUUUCAUCUUCGGCAAAUACAACACGGCGCUCAGCAUUGGCGGCAACUUUCUGACCACCUUUCUGGACAAAUGUAAAAGCCGCUCGAAUGAAACCGACUUCCGUCCACUGUUCGAGAACUUCAUACACGAUCUGCUCACGACGGUGAACAAGCCCGAAUGGCCCGCCGCCGAACUGUUGCUCAGCCUGCUCGGCACGAUGCUGGUGAAGAAGAUGUCCGACAAGGGGGUGGAGCAGUCGAUCCGCGUGGUGUCGCUCGAAUACCUGGGCAUCGUGGCGGCACGGUUGCGGAAGGAUACGGUCGAGUCGCGCUGCAAGGUAAAGACGAUGGACACGCUCAUCCGCUACAUCAAGAUCGAGCAGGAAAAGGAGGGCGAUGAACCGAUGCGCAACAGCAAGUUUCAGCUGGACGAAGAGGAGGAGCGGACCGAGUUCCUGCAGAAGAUACUGCUCGACUUUCUCGCGGUGAACGCGCACGAGGGUAAUGUGGUGUGGAACCAUGCGCGCCACUUCUACCUCACCCAGUGGUAUCGGGAUUUGAUGCAGCGCAAGAAAAAGAUUGCCGAGGGCGAGAAGGGGUACGCGUCGCGGAAGAAGGGUGGUGCCGGCGGGGCGAAAAAGCGGAAACGGUAUCAGAGCGAUUCGGACGGUGGGGGGUCGGACGGUGGCGGUGGUGAUGAUUCGGACGAUGGCGACGGGCACGGGAGCAACAUACGGGAGGGCCAGAUCGAUCAGGAGCUAAACAGUGAAAUCUUCCGCAUGCUGGACACACGGAAACAAUACUAUCUUAGUCAGGUGGCACCGUUCGGCGGGCGGACGGCUGGUGGCGGGCGGUCGGGCGCACCGGUCGGUGGCAAUUACGAGAUUAAAACCUACAUCGACUACAGCAACGCGAACCUGAUCGCCCAGUAUCUCGCCAGCAAGCGGUCAUUCUCGCAGAGCUACGACAAGUACCUGCAGAAGAUCAUUCUGGUCGUGCGGGAACCGGUGGUCGCGAUACGGACGCGCGCGAUGAAGUGUCUCGCCAGCAUUGUGGAGGUCGACCAGAUGGUGCUGGCGCGGAAGGACAUGCAGAUGGGCGUGCAGCAGAAGCUGCUCGAUACGGCCAUUUCGGUGCGCGAGGCAGCGGUGGAUCUGGUCGGGAAGUACAUCCUGUCCGAUCACGAACUUAUCGAUCAGUAUUACGAAAUGAUUUCGCAGCGAAUACUGGAUACGGGCGUUUCGGUACGGAAACGGGUAAUCAAAAUCCUUCGAGACAUCUGCAUCGAGUAUCCGGCGCACGAGAAGAUACCGGACAUUUGUGUGAAAAUGAUCCGGAGGGUGAACGACGAGGAAGGCAUCCAGAAGCUGGUGAUGGACGUGUUUAUGACGAUGUGGUUUACGCCGUGCAAUGAUAAUGAUAAGGCUGCAAUGGAUAGGAAAAUUACCCAGAUUAUAGACGUUGUCUGCUCGUCGCACGAAACGGGUACGCAAGGUUUCGAUGCCUUACUGAAAACGAUAUUCGAACCAAAGGAGAGCAAAGACGAUUCGAAGCUGAAGAAGGAGAUUCCCAAAACCUUGAUCAAAGCCUGCCAACAGAUUGUGGACGGACUAGUGGAGGCGACGAUGCGGCUGGAAGGGGCGGAAAACACGCGGCUCGUCGGCUGCAUUACGGCGCUGCAUCUGUUCGCCAAGAUACAGCCGCAGCUGCUGGUGAACCACGCAAUCUCGCUCGAACCGUAUCUGAACAUGCGCUGCCAGAACCAGAUUAUCUCGAAAUUCAUCAGCUCGAUAGCGGAAAUACUUGAGCAGGUGGUUCCCCUAAUGGAUCAUCCGAGUGAGGUUUUCCUAGCGGACCUGGAGUCGCAUCUGAUGAUGCUGAUCGUUUCGCAAAGCCGCGCGAUCGUGCUGAGCUGUGUUUCCUGCCUGUCGACGGUGGUAAACAAAAUCACCAAGAACUACAAGCUGAUUCGGGACUGUUUUGCAAAAUUGUACAACAACUGUCUGCUGUUGAUCAAAGACAAGCUUGCGUCCGAUUCUUCAAUACCCAUCGAGCAGUUUUUUCGGCCCCAGUUUCGACGGAGCAUCUUUACGGUUGGAUUGUUCAUGCGGUACUUUGACUUCCGGCUGCCGGAGGUGUACGGUGAGCCCAAUCAAGGUUCCAAUCUACCGGCCAACAUCUGUGAGGACGUGUUCGCCACGUUAGCAUUUUUCCUUUCGUGUGAUCACAGCGAAAUGUGCAAGGAAGCGCUUACCUCGAUGGGUAACUUCUGUGUGAAAAACUACGAAUAUCUGAUGAAGGUCGAGCUGCGCGACUACUACAACUAUCUGCUGACGCAGGACAAGGUGCUGACGGACAUGAAGAUAACGGUGCUGAAAAACAUUCUCAUGUAUCUGACCGAGGCAGAGAACCAGAUGGUUCGGAACGAUAAGGAGUGGUCAAAACAAUCAAAAACGGAAGAUCUGAAAGAGAUGGGCGACGUGUCGUCCGGCAUGGCGAGCCGAGUGAUACAGAUCUACCUGAAGGAGAUACUGCGCAGCUUCUUGCACCGGGACUACGGUGUGCGGACGUGGGCGAUGCGGGUCGUCGAGAUAGUCCUGCGGCAAGGCUUGGUCCACCCAGUACAAAUAGUUCCUUACCUAAUAUGCUUAAGUACCGAUCCGGAAAAGGAUGUGGCACACAGUGCGGACAGACAUUUGCAGGAAAUCGAUAAACAGUACCCGGGCUUUGUAAAUAUGAAAUCUCACGCCGGCAUGCAGCUGUCGUACGAGCUGCAGGAGCUGCUGCAGCGACGGGACGAGAGCAGCAUUGUCCGGGGCUACCGGGUGCGGGAUCCGCAGGAGCCGCCGUCGGCGCUGAACGGGUUCCUGUACACGCUGCUGCGCGGCACCAAGCCCCAGCGGCGUGCCCUGAUCCAAUCGAUCACGAAGCAAUUCGACGAGGGCAAAAUAAGCUUGCGGCAAAUGUUGUACCUGGCGGACAAUCUGGCCUACUUCCCGUACGUCGUGCAGGAUGAGCCGCUGUACAUUAUCCAUCACGUCGACGUGCUCAUCUCGGUGACGGGCACGAACCUGUUGGCGACGUUCCGGGAAGGUUUAAAGCCACCGCCGGGGACGGAGGCAAACACCGAACCUAAUGCACAAAAUCCCCUCGAAGACGAUGACGAUGACGAUCAGGAAGCAAUACUGAACCGGCUGCCGGACGAUACGUCCGAUUUGGAGAACUGUAUACGGUCAGCGCAAGGUUGCAUGCUUCUCUUAAUACUCAAACAGCAUCUGAAGGACAUCUACGGUAUCACGGACAGCAAAAUCUCACGAUACUCCCCAUCGGAAUCCGGCAAAAUCUACGACAAAGCCAUGCAGCGAAGAUCCAACUCAAUGUUCGACCCGAAGGCAACGAUAACGCUGCUGAAGGAGAACCGCACCGACAGCGAUGCGAAGGGCGACAAGGAACGGAUCGAGCUGGUGCAACGAUACUUAGACUUCAAACAGCUAAUGCUGCGGCUUGAUCCGGACGAUCCCGAUCUGCUGGAUGAGGACGAAAAGCCUAACUCGGUCGCCGGCACACCGGUCAAACAAGCGCCAGCAGCCGCGGCUUCCUCGGCGGCACCCGCCUCGUCCACCCAGCACAAUCACAACUCAACCGCUACGGACGGAACAAGCAAUAAUGUCGGCCACGUGAACAACGUCAACAGCGGCGGCGUUGGUGGCCCCGUCACGGUUUCGCAACAGAAUGAUUAUAGCAAUCGAUCGUCGUCUUACCAGGGUGUGCCGAAAACACCGAAAUCCGGAUCGAAUCGGCAGCAGCUGUCCUCGGCACGCAAAUCGGCUGCCAGUGGGCGAACCAGCACGAAGAAGAAGAAACGGAAAGUGUCCAGCACGGAGGAGGACGAGGAAAGCGACGAGGCCAGUGACGAUGAUUACGAUUAAGAGGCGUACACUCGUCUACCAUCGCAGCCACGGACCACUGCGGAUCGCGCCCUCUCUGUGCGCGCGUGUGUGUAUGUUUGCGUUUACCACAGUACUUCCUCCCCUUGGAUGCAUCCUGCGUGAGAGGGAUCUAUCCGCCACGGUGUCCCGGUUUAUUCUACCUUCUCUUUUUCCCUCUCUACAACUUAUUAGCUUUGUGUCUUUCUACGUGUAAUGUAGGGGUGUAGGUUCUAUGUUUCUUUCCUUUUGUUUUUCAUUCUCACCUCUUCACUACUUACAAUUAUGUUGUCUGUGUUAGUGCCAGCUUAUCUACAGCUAGUAGUUUCCAUUAAUGAUGCGCAUUCCUAUUUCCAUUAGCGAAACCUUACACUACAUUACAACCUGCGCCAGGAUAAUCGAAUGCAUUUGAUUUCUGUUUUGCUCUUUCCCUUUCCACAAAUCACCUUUACCUUUUGCACUGUUAUUAUGCUGGUUAGUAAAGACGCCCGGUUUAUAAAUGGGAAGCAAACACUCAACACAACAUUAAAAUCCAUGCAAUACAAAAGUUGAAAUUAAACAACAAAAAAGUCAACACUUAAAUUUAAAGCAAAACAAAAAACACACACACGGUUGUUCAAAGCGUCGUUUCGGAUGAAUUUGUUGAAGAGAAUUUAAAGUAACGAACGAAGCAGGUUUGGGAAGAUUUCGGGCAACAAACAAAAGAAGAUCCUUUAUUUAAUUUGCUCCUCAUAUACACUGAAAACAUAAAAAUAAGUACCCGGUGAUGUCCGCGAAACCAGAGGAAAACAAAACCCAACCACGCAAUAAUUAUUGAGAGAAGAGUAAUUUUUUAAAACGUUUAUCGAAAUAUUUAUGAAACUGUUUGGAAGAGAUUUGCCGUAAAAACACAAACAAAAAAACUAAACACAAAACAGAGAGAGAGAGAGAGAAAGAGAUGCGGACUGUUAGUAGAAGCGUUGGUAUGGUGAUGGGAUCAGGCACUUGCCUCUCUUUUGGCGAGAAAGAAUUGCAGGGUUUUCCAGGUGAUUUUACAGAAAUGAUACUGUUUAAAGCACAAGGUAGCGUACAGUGCAGGGCAGGCAAACAGCAUUUCAGACUGCUCUCUCUCCCUCUCUCUCUCUGUAUGAGGAGAGCGUUCGUGGAUGAUAUCACGAAAUGAAGUGCUAGUGUUCUGAAAUUGUCUUACCCUGUGGUUCUGUUACGAGCUACCGUAGCCUGCAAUGUUGUGUUGCUUUUGCGAAAUCAUCUGAAAAGCUCAGUGCAAGUGAUAAAAUUUUGGAGGAUGAGUACAUAUACAAAAGAAAGCAAAACAAAAUGGAGGAGAAUGUAUAGUGUGGGGGGUGGGGGGGGGGGGAUAUUAACUUAUACUCUGCAAUGAAACGAAUGUGAGCCAGCGGCAAAUUGCGCGCGAACAAGUUAGAAAGGUAAAAAAUUGUAACGGGAAAGACUUUUACUGUGUGGGUGUGUGCGUGUGUGUGUGUGUGAGGGAGGGGUGGGAUUAUGCACUCAUGUGUUUCCAGUUAGCGUAGAGGGGGAGAAAUAGGGCACAGUGUUUGGUGGGAGCGGUGUACAAAACGAUGUUUUGUAACAUAUAAUUGUAUAUUUAAAUACUGCUCGCGUCUAUUACUGAACGAUCUACUUAGUUUAAAGAACAGCACGAAAGGUGAUGAACAUUAGCAAUGCAAACAAAUUGCGCUGACAGGUCCGAGGGACAGUAGAGGGAUGCUGUUUCUUGGCAACAUGGCAAGAGGAAUACUGUAAUAUUGAUUGUUUAUACGCCAGCCAGCAAUUAUACGUCUACUUGUACGUUAAGCGAAAUACGGGGGCCGAGAUGUGAGAUCACACAACAACCGUCCGUUGUUUUGCUGGGAUCUAAUCUCGACCGGACCAUGCCCUCCAUGUCCUCCAAAUAAGAAAGAUGCAUACGUGGUUGGCCAACGUGUGGUCUCAUCACAGAAUGGUAGGCAGGUCGAGCAAUCGCUUGACUGUCCACUAGCUCCUAUAGGUUACGGUAGCAGUAGCAGAGGUAGCAAUAAUAAUAGCACACUGUAAAUAGUAAACUCGUACGAUUGUUUGUUCUUCUACAUCUUCUGCUAGAGAUGAUCCUUUAAGUAAGAAUACCGGAACGGACUGAAGUAAAUGCAAAUGUUUCGCAGGCAUGAGGAAGAAGUGCAGCUAGUAGUAGUAGUAGUAGUAGUAGGAGCAGCGGGGCAGGUGUGGACAGAGAGUGUGUGAAAGGUACGCGCGCGCGCCAUCUUCCGAAAUUUCGCAGUACGAGUGCGUGUUUGUGUGUGUGUCUGGUGUGGUGUGUACGUGUAAUAAUUUUAAAGCAAAUAUUUAAUGCAAAACGAAGAAAGGUACUAGAUUUAGCAAACAGCAGCAGAAGCAGCAAUCCCAAUAUUAUCUUAAACAGCGCCACACUGUUAGGGACGGAACGAAUGGGAGCGAAGGCCGGAAAAAAAAGGAUGAAAACCAAUAUUCAUUAUAGAUGUAGUGAUAACAAGGGAAAACAGUGGAACAAACCUACACUACGAACGGGGGAGUAUUAACUGAAGCGGCUUUUUUUUCUGAGUGUUGCGUGUGCACGUGUGCGCGGAUGAUGAUACUGUGCGCAUUUACAGAUUAAGUAGGCUGAGAUUCCACUACCGGAUGAUGCACCGGACUGCUGGGCACGCUCUCAUACGGUACGAUUGAUCGUGCAGCUGUGGCGCUUUCGUGUAAAUAUUUGAACAAAAGGAGUAAAUGCGAAACAAACAAACACAACAAAAAAACCUGUAAAAGAGUAAUGAAGGAGCGACGCCAGUUGGAGUUAAGUUAGACGAAACGAUUUAAAACACAAAUCCACAAAAAAUCCUUCGAGAAAGCAAAUAUAUUUUCUCGUGAGAAAAGUA